UCCCGAGCCAUCCAUUCAAAUUCUGGACCGCUACGAAACGCUUGUACGCCGUGCUCUAACGUGUUGUACUCUUUCUCGGCUUCUCGGACAGAGAGCAGAAUGUCUAAAAAGCCCUUCAAAAUUGCCGUUUCUUCGGGUUCUUAAAGUCUCGAAUGCUACAGUAGCCGCAGCGAAAUCUGCGCCGUUCUCUGCUACAAAGCGCAGCGACGAUUUCCAAAGUUGGGGAUUUUCCCGACCGGUUUCGGAGCUUCGGAAGUUUUCAGAGAGAGAGAGAGAGGGAUAGUGUCAGUAUGUGGUAAGAGAACACUUGAAAUCGAUGGUAGUCGUCAGGUGAAACCAGUGGGGGAUUCACGGGCUGGCAUUAUGGAGAGAGAAAGUGAAGGCUGUAGAGAGAGAGAAAGUGAGGAGGAAAUGGAGGUUGAACCAGUGUUUGAGGUCCAUGAAGUCGAUCUCGACUACGAGUUUGACGCGGCAAUGUACUUCGAUUUCACUCGACCGGAGACUGGAGAAGAGGCUCGUCUGGCCGAGCUCUGGUUCGUGUCCGCCGCAGAAUAUACUCCUUCUCCUUUUGUAACAAAGUUGGUAAUGAGAGAGGAGAUACUGAUGGAAAAUGUUAAUACAUCCCCAAAAUCAAAGGACGUGGAGACUACCAUUGACGCCGAUGUAAGCAUGAAUAGAGAAUUUUGUGCAUUUGAUGCCAACGGGAAAGAUUGUGAAGGAAUGCUUAGAGGAAUCUUCGCCAAAUUACGUAGUUGCAAUCUGCAAAAAGUUUUGAACCAACCGUUAGAAGUAAAUACAGAAAUGACAUUUUACAAUCACAUCUGCAACGACAACCUAAAAGCUAAAGUGAAGCCUACUGUAAAGCCUUUUCUCCCUAGGAGCUCAACCUUAUUGAAACCUACGGCAAGUCAGCUGGCUAAGCAAAAUCGGCCCCUCAUUUCUGUUUCAAGAUUUCAGACACAAUUGGUUCAUCACAGUGAUAGAAGCUUGCAUAUUUCUUCUGGGGUUGAAAGUCAAGCUGCCAAGAGGCAGAAGCUGGAGGGAGGUCACUUGCGAAAGGUUAUAACAGGCGUAGACCAACUAACCAGUUUCGUUCACAAGCCGCCGAAGAAGGAUGAAACUGUUGAUAAGAGCUUUGCGCAUGGUAUAAUGAGGCUUACUAUUCCAAGAGAGCCUGACCUUGAAACAGCACACAGGGCCCAAAGGAUAAGGCCUAAGAAUAAUACAAAUCUGGAACAUGCAAAAACAGCUGUAAGAAUAUUCAAAGCACGCCCAUUGAACAGAAAAAUUCUCGAGGCCCCUUCAUUUCCAAUUCCAAAGAAGAGCAGGCCAAAGUUGCCAGAGUUUCAAGAAUUUAACUUGAAGACAUUGGAGAGGGCAAUGCAACACACAUCUGGUCUUUCAUCAUCCUCACUUAAUUACAGUGAUUCCGACAAGGGGUUGGACAAACGUAGCACUUCUGGUGUUGCAGGAAAUAGAAAUGAGGACAAAAGAUCAAAUACCUUGGAUACUCCAAAGCAGUAUGGAUGUGAUGUAAUGCUCCCCUUCAAAGCACGUCCUCUUAAUAAGAAGAUAUUUACAAGUAAAGGAGACAUUGGUGUUUUCAGAAAUAGUAAGCGAGAUGCAACUGUACCAAUGGAAUUCAAUUUCCAUUCAGAGAAGAGAAUUCAGCAUAAUCCACCGAUAGAGCUUUUCAGUAAGCUCUCCCUUUCAACUGGAUUCCAGCCAAGUAAUGGAUCUUGGUCCAAAUUGCCUCAGCAGACCCCUUUGUCUCUAAAGGGCUCAAAAGAAAACAGAUCAGAUGCUUUUCAACUAGACCAUAAGAUACUGCAGCGGAUGAAAGGAAAACCUUCUAUUUUUGUUGGAAAGGAGGUUCCAUAUGGAAGUGACGGGUGCAUCCCUGAAGCUGGUUUGCAGAGUAUGAGGAGCUUGGGCAUCCGCUGAGAGGUAUUUAAAUGAGGGAAAUUUUCCAAAAAGGUUUUUGGCAUUGACAACAGUUCUGCGUAUCUGCCGGGAAGGAUGGAACAUCCAUGUACAUAAAAUUUUAUUGCACCUCAAGCAUUAUCAAAAGCUCUUUGCCGUAUAUGGAAUCCAUAGUGGUCCAUAGUUAUCUCACCUUUGAAGAAGCCCACAUUCUCGCAAAAGUAUGUUGAAUUAGCCUUUUGCAUUUCGUAUAGUUUGUAGGUUUCUGUUCAUAAUCCAAUAAAUAAAGGUUGAAAGCCCUGGUGUUGUGUAUAGGUAUCAAAGCCACCUCACCCCUCAUAGCAUCUUCUACCUGUUUAUGUAGGCAUCAAAUCAAUGUCAAGGAAUAUAUAUUUAUCUUCUAAAUCAAAUUAUGUAUGUGGAUGAUGUGACGUACAGACUUCAGAAUAGAGCUAUUGAUACAUUUAUAUGUACGUCAAAA